CCACAAACUUUUUCGAGAAGUGGUGGAGAGUAAAUUUCUGUUAAAGGACAUUGGCAAGUUAUCACCCCUUCAUCAGACGUAUGGACUGGAGGUUUACCAUAGUGUGGUCAACAGUUUUGCCCCAAAGAAUACACACUUUUUUAUCCUGCAAUGAUGGCCAGGCUCUGUGUAGCAUCACUACACUUUAAUGAAAAUGGAAGGAGACACCAAGCCUCCACAAGAGCAGGUGAAGCCCAAUGGCAGCUGAGUUAUCCUAAGGCAAAGAAAGGGGAGCAUGCUGUAGUCAAACCACACAAAACUCAAAUCACUUAUGAUUAUGUUGAUCUGUUGAGGAUGAAUUUGGUGGAGCGUCGGAGACAGUUCCAUUCAUAUUCAACGGCUUCUUCAGAUGCGCGUGUAUCUCUAGGGUAUCAGCCACCACCUUUGACCUCUUCAUAUGCUGCAGUCAACAAACAACAGCUAAUUAUGUCAAGGCGCACCAGAUUCGCUAGGUGAUGGACUUAUACUGGUCGAGGGUACUGGAAUCCGGUGUAGUAUUCUGAAGGAAACCUAUCUCGAAUCUUGUUGACAACACAAGAUGGUAGUACCUUUCGGUUGCCGCGACCAAGCCUAUGCCAGACCCAGAAUACAAACCUCCUGUAUGCAAUGUGACGAAGAACUCUGCAAAUUGAUAUAAAUUAUUGAAUGAUUUUUAAACUGAUUGUAUUGUUAUAGCUUAAUUCUUCUUUUAAACAAUGUAAAUCAUGUUAAUUAAUUGAAAUUUAUAAAAUUUAUUUUUCCAUUAAAUGUAAUUUUGAAUGUAACAGUGUGUAAGUUUGCUUUAU